CUCCGUCGUCAUGGCAGUGCCCCCACUGUCACGCUGAGCCGUCAGUCCGUACACAGAUCAUUGUGUGUACCGUUGUAUACUUCAUGGUAUUAUACAGAAGACAUAUAGCACCGAGUCGUGUCAAUCAUCUUGUCGGUUAGGACUCCAACAGGCUCAACCGUAAUAGACAGGUGUGAAAUAUACAUGCCGCCUGUCAUUCAUCAAACUCGCUACCAAUUACACCUGCGACGGUGGUAGCGCAAUGGACUUGAUAAGUACCUUUUAUCACAAGUCGCUGGUUUGCUAUCAUUCAUCAUGAGUUAACCAUCGUUGGAAUAUUUAACUUUGGAUAUACGCUUAUCUUGUGUUCAAAAAGGGAUAUUUCAAGUGUUGGCAGUUGACAGAAGUUAUCGCCAUGCCUUACUCGAACAGACCCGUGGCGAGUAGAAUCUUGUCGAAGUAUGAGCAGGAGAGAGCAUAUCGACUCCACCGACAGAAGGUGUCAAGUGUCCGGCAUGGCAUUGACAACAGUCCUCCAAAGCGAUACCCCCAUCUCAUACUUCGACUUAAACAAAUACAGAAAGAGGAGGAGAAGAUGGCAGAGGUGGACCACGAGAACAAACUGCUGCUGCAGAAGAUGACGCAGAUCAUGAGGACGCACGGACGCAUUGACAACUGGAACCUGGAGCAUGAGCCCCGCAGCCUGAACUAUCCCUACAAACAUAAGCAGCUGGAGAAGAUUGCGGAGGAGAACGUCACCAUCGCUCGUCGUCUGGAAACUGUACAGCCGAUAUACAACAAAGAUGACUGGGAGGAGGAGUACCAGCAGCGUCGCUACCUCAUGGACCUGUGGGCCUACUCCACCAAAGACUAUGAUGACACCCCCCGUGGCAAGGCGAAGAGAUCGAGGGGUGAAGAUUCAGAUGGCAAGUAUGAUUCAGAUUUUGAGUCAGAUGAUGAUGAUGCAAAGAGCAACAAGCUACCGUCCAUUGAUGAAAGUGACAAGAAGAGUGAUACCAAGAAAGAAUCUCAGAAGAAAUCCAAAGACGAUAGCCAUGUCACCAAGCUUCCAAAAAUCAAUGACAAGAAAAAGGAGUCUUUAGGAAUAGAUCACUCUUAUCAGAUGUAUUGGGGUGAUCGUUAUGACCCUGAUGGUAACAAAGAGAAUUCCAAGGGUAAAUCAGAUAAUGAUAACAAGGAGGCUUCAGAGGAGGGAAAGAAAUCAGAGAAAGGGAGAGACAAUGCCAAAGGGAAAAAAGACAAGGAAGAUGAAAAGAAUAAAGAUGGAAAAAAGGAUGAUGAUAAAAAAAAAGAUGGAAAAAAAGAUGAGAAAGGCAAAGAUCAGAAAAAGGACGAAACAAAAGAUGAUGGCAAGAAAGGCAAUGACAAGAAAGGCAAUGACAAGAAAGGCAAUGACAAGAAAGGCAAUGAGACAACCGAACAGGGGAAAGGUGAUGCAGGAAAACGCAGCAAGGACGAAGAAUCAUCUGCGACCAAAGAAAAUUCCAAGAGCAAGAACAAGGCUGACAUGACCCCUUUGGAGGCUGAUUCCAAACAACUUUUCAAGGUUGCCAAGGAGAUGGCUGCUCCCGAGGACAUUCUGAUCAAGACGCUGGUCAAGAAAUCCCCCAGCUACAGACAGCAGGUCAAGCGAAAGUUUCAGGAGAUGUAUGACCUGGAUUUGGGCAAGGAGUUAAAACAAGGCCUGGGUUCUGACUGGCAUCUUCUGAUUGAUGAACUACUGGUUGACCCUACUGAGGGGGACGCGGGGGAACUACACACCGCUCUAGAGAAGAAGAAUAUUCCGACAGUUGUGGAAAUCCUUUGUUCAAACCAGGCUAGUUUGGCACAGAUUAAAGAUGCUUACCGGAAAGAGUUUGCUGUGAGCCUGGAGAGCGAUGUUGCUGACAAGACGAAGGAGCCUGUGCAGUUGCUGCUGAUGACUCUACUCAAGGAGGGGAGAGAUGAGUCGACUGAGAUCGAUGACAAGAGGGUGGAGAAGGAUGCCACUGUCUUGCAUGAGUUCGGUGAUGGUCGAUGGAGCAACAAGAGUGGCAAGUUCCUCACUCUCCUCGAGGAGAAAAGUCUCGCACACAUCAAAGCAGUUCUCAAAAUGUUUAAAUCGGUGUCUGGAGGUGAGGAGCUAUUACAGUCAGUGAAGGAAGAGUGUGAUCAAGAGUAUGCAGAUGCUGUGGGAGCAUUUGUGUCCACAGUCAAGAGUUCAUCAGACAUGCAUGCAGAAAAGCUGUAUAAGAACCUCGACGCUACCAACCCUGUGUUUGUGAAGAUCCUUGUCACAAGGGCAGAGAUUGACAUGCCCAGUGUGAAGAAGGCGUACAAGAAGAAGUAUGACGCAGAACUGACAGAGGACAUUGAGGACCGAUGUUUGCAUCCCACAGCCAAGCUGCUGAAGGAACUGGCAUCCAAAACACCUUCAAAGAAGUCUAAAGGAAACAAAAAAUAUGCUGGCAUGGCUCUUGCUCCCCCUCCGAAAGGCAAGCCUCUGAAACGACCUGAAAACAAAAGCAAGGAUGAUGACUCUUCUCAAAACCCACUCAACUCAAAACGGGGAGGAGAAGGAGCUAAAAAGAAGGAUGACAAGAAGGAUGAGAAGGCACCAAAGACGACUGGCACCAUCACUCCGGCCAAGAACUUUGAUGCCGUAAAGGAGGUGGAGAAACUCCACAAGGCCAUGGAUGGGUUCGGGACAGAUGAACAGGUCAUCAUUGAUGUCAUUUCCAACAAGAGUAAUGAACAGAGGCAGUUGCUCAAGAAGAAGUACAAGGAGAAGUAUAAGAAGGAUCUGAUGAAAGAUCUAGAAUCGGAGCUCCGGGGGGACUUUGAGGAGCUCGUCCUUGCCUUGAUGAUGGAGCCGACUGAGUAUGAUGCUCACUGUCUUCACGAAGCAGUCAAGGGGCCAGGCACAUCCGAGGCAACACUGAUAGGCAUCCUCUGUACCAGGUCCGGCAAGGACAUCAAGGCAAUCACGGAGCAUUACAGACGAGCCUACACAUCUGAUCUGGAAAAUGACAUUCGUUCAGAUACAAGUGGGGAGUUUGAAGAGCUCUUGGUGCAACUCCUGAAAGGAGGCCGAGAUUCAGGAUGGGAGGUCAACCAGAAGGAGGCCGAACAGGAUGCCAAGGAUCUGAACAAGGACAAAUCGAUCAAAGUAUCGGAUGAAACCUUCAAACGUGUGAUGACAAAGAAAAACAGAUUACAAGCAAAGGCGACAUUUGCAGAGUACAAAAAACUUGCUGAUCAAGAGAUAGUUGCCGCCAUUUCUGCAUCUGGGGAUGCUAAGGCUGGCUACGAGGGACUUGCACAAGCACUUGAGGACCCAAUUGAGUUUUAUGCUGCUCGCCUACAGGAAGGUUUCAAGGGGCUUGGCACUAAUGAUACUCGACUUAUUAGGAUUCUUGUGUCAAGGUCGGAGAUUGACCUUGCUGACAUCAAAGCCAAGUAUGCCGAGCUUUAUGGAAAGAGUCUUCGGGAGAAAGUAGAUGCGGAGUGUUCUGGACACUACAAGCGGACAUUGCUGACCAUUCUUGGGGAGAAUAACGACAAAUCAAAAGAUGAAAAAGCAAAGGCUGAAAAGGGGAGGGAGAAAGUUGGUGAAAAGUCUGACAAAUCUGAGAAGAAAACCGCUGAUAAACACAAAGAAUCUAAACCGAAGGAAAAUACCAAAAAUACGAAGGGUACUAAAACUAAAUCAAAGUCGGAAAAGUUCAAAGGUGAAAAGAAAAUGCAGUCAGGCUCCAAGACCCCCAUGCUGGCUGAAAGAAGAUCACCUGAUGGACAGAGCGAUGAAAUAAAUGAUAAGAAGAAUAAAGAUAAGGAUGACGAGAAGGACGACAAUGCAUGGGACACGAUGGAGCCCACAGGGACGAUCAAGGCAGCGACUGACUUCAAGCUGGAAGAGCAGUGCAAGAUUUUGCAUGAUGCGAUGGAUGGAAUCGGUACGGACGAGGGGGCCAUCAUCACAGUUCUGACAUCUUGCAACAACUCUCAGAGACAACAGCUGAAGAAGACGUACAAGAAAACAUACAAGAAGGAAUUGAUGGCGCAUUUAAAAGGGGAGCUUACUGGGGACAUGGAGGAAACGGUGGUCUUACUACUUAUGGAACCAACAGAUUUCGCAGUCGAGGGGAUGCAUCGAGCCAUGGACGGAGUUGGAACUGACGAAAGGCUUCUCAUGUAUUCCACCCUUGUCCACAGUGCCAAACCGCAGGAUCUGAAGAGUCUGUGCAAGAAAUAUAAAGAAGCGCACAAGAAGGAUCUGAGUAAAGCAGUUGCGUCAGAGACAAGUGGCGUGAUUCAAAAGGUCCUUCUCAACAUUUUGGCGGGAAAACGUGCGCAGACGACACAAGUCAAGGAAAAAGAUGUUGAAGAAUCAGCCAAGAAACUUCACGGAGAUGGUGAAAACGCAUUCAAAUAUGACGUCGACUAUUGUGCCGACCUCCUGACAACCCUCAGCCCGAGUCAAGCCAAAGCUGUGUUUUCCCGGUACAAGGAGCUUUCCGGAGAGGAUGUGACGAAGUCUAUCGAGAAACACAUGGCAGGCUAUCCUGAGAUGGCGUGCCUGUCAGUUGCGCGCUACCUUCAAAGCCCCUAUCUCUACACGGCGCACGUGCUGCACGAGGCAACUAGCGGCACCGGCACUAACGACAACCUCUUGAUGGCUGUCAUCGUCGGGAGGUCAGAGAUUGACCUGGUAAACAUCAUGAUGGCAUACAAGGCCACCUUUAAGAAGUCACUGGAAGAUGUCGUGCAGAGCGAGUGCAGCGGAGACUACCGGAAGCUGCUGUCCGCCAUUUUGAAAUCUCAAUCUUGACUCAGCGCCUUGUGAAAUAUUACGGAUGUAAAAACUCUCCAUCUGUAAAGAUACUAAAUGAAAUAUGACACCCAUGUAAGCUCCGGAGGACCACAUGUGCCCACUUUACGUACAUCACUGAAGCUGUCAUUUUUAUAUGAUUACUGACUAAUAUCAGAGAAUAUAUCGUGUGAUGUUCCGAUUCAUAAGGGGAAACGUAGCCUAGUCUUCUCUGCGACGCAGCCACGGAGUCAUCUAACUAAUGGGUUUUCCAUUAACAGCUAAUGUUGAAUCAAAUAAAACAGCAUCAUGUUCCGAGAAACAUCGAUUUUGUGUAAAAAUAUCUCGAAGAAAUACAAAACGUAUACGCUAAAGUGAGAAUUAUGUUGAAAUCUUUGGCUGCAAUAUGAAGUCACAUUAGUAUCAUAGGCUUUUUCUCUCGUUUGAUUGUUUACAUGUUCGCGGAAUUGUAUUUGAAUUACAUGUAUAUUUUAUACAAGAUUGAAACAAUACCUUGAUAAACAAAUAUUCAACUACAUGGAGCUCAGGUAAUAUUUUAGUGGAUUAGCAACUCGUGUGGAGGCGAUGAGAGUUAAUCCAAAUGUUUACCACAUCAACUCCAAACGUGGGAUUCACACUAGAGUACAGGGAGAUUGUUGUUCGUUUCACGGUUAUAAUACAUGAUUUAUUCAUCUUAGAUGAUUACGGGUUGACUGUAACGCUUUGCAAACAAUCAUAAAUGCUUUUGCUAAAUGCUGAUGUGACACUCAAACAAAAGUAUGUUACAUUGUUAUUAUUUAUCAAUACAGGGUAAUGUUAUCUGUUUAUGGUUAGAGCACCCGGUUCUACUAUUUGUAUCUAUGCUGGUAUUACACCGAUGCUCGCAUAGGCCACGUACACAUUAUGUAUCAAUGCAGGUUAAUUCCUGUUCGUUUCAGGGUCAGGGUACACAUGUUAGAACCUAAGGUGUAUCAUACUAUAACGCAUGACAAAUAACUAUCUAACUGCUGGUAAUACGCUCAUGCAAAUGUAUGCUAUGUUUUCUUGAUCUCUUGAUGUUGUUUGAUAAACGCGGUUUGAGUCCACUUUUUUAAUAACCCUCGGUUUACCAGCCUCGACUAUACAGUGCAUAACGGAUAACUGGUUAAAUGCUUAAUUGACAACUGUAUAAAACUACUCUUGAUAUAUUUAAUAUUAUAUCACAUUUGUUGUAGACGUAGGGUUCAUAUUUAUCACCCUAAGUCUUAACGCUUGCAUUACACCCGGACAAACUAGUUGAUCGCUGUAAUGGACAUAUAUAAUAACAAGUACCCUCCGGUAAAACGUUCCAUUUAUUAAUAUCUACGCGAGAUUUGCGUCUUAUUACCGACAACCACGCGGCUGUCGACAAUCCCGUUUUGGAGGAAGCAUACUGGAAGUGAAGUCCUCAGUUUCACUCGUUUACGUGAUGAUCACACAAUAAUCUGGCGGCAUUCGUGACGUUUAUGUUCGAUAUCAUUUUAUACGUCAUUUCUAUGUACAAUGAAAUAUGCCUCUCUCAAAUAUUUGACGUCAUAGUCAACGAACUAUAUGCAGAAAGAUCGGUUGUUAUUUAGUUUACAUCAUGCAAUACCAUGAUAGUUUAUAACGCCAUAUUUGUUUAAGUUAUUAUAUAGAUAUAAAACGUCAACACCCAGAGUUGUAGCUGACUCAACAUUAUUGAUAAAUGCUUCUGAGCUUAUAGCUCAGAAGCGGUAAAAGAUAACGGUAAAAGCCGAGGUGACCGGAAUGCACCGAUAGCUUCAAGUACCACAUGACAUACUAAUAAUAUCACGAUUCGUCGUCAGCCACCUGCUGUGUGUCCAGCGGAUGAACAAUUGGUUUUUAGGUUAAUACUAGAAUUCCUCCACAAAUUGACAUUUUAUAGACAAGAGAGGCAUCAUUUAUUGAUUUAUUGAGUUAUAAAAGGAAACCAAAUCAAGAUAAUCUUAUUUUCACAAAAGUGUUACUAUCGAGUCUUUGUAUUCUAUCGGUGUUCCACGAGCAUAAAUGCAACUAAUGUACAAAGACAUGUGACGUUAAGUUAUAGUGGUCUACUGAAUUUCGUGAGCUAUGGUAAAUAUCUUUUGUAAGUGUAAAUUGUUUACUCGAAAAUGUUUACAUGUUUGAUUUUACACAAUUACGCAUUCAUUUACCGUAUUAAAAUAAAUAUUUUUUAACAAUGGAAUGUAUGUAUUGUUUAUAGUGAUGAUUGUAAAUAAUAUGCAUGGAACUAAAAACAUAUCCGUCCAGAUCAAUGUUGAUAAAUUAUGAACUGAAAUACAAUCAAAUAUGAAAAUAUGCAUGCAAAGUACGACUUUAAUGUAAGUACCAGUUUCAACAACUGCAUGUUUUGGACUUGUAACAACACUAAGGCUGUACGUAUGUCUAAAAAGAUGUUUUAAGACCUCUUCAGUAUGCAUUCGUGAACAUGUUAUUAUGAGCAAGUCUUUCGUGCAAGCUGAUUUCUUUUUCCCACUAACAAUAAGUCGAGAAACGUACGACAAAAUGUUGACCGAGGUUUGACCUCUUAUAGUCAUUGCCCAAGAUUGUCAUAACUUACACGUGCAUUCAGCUGUUAAUUUCCUUUCAAUAACAAUUUCGUGUUGUCUUAUAAAAAAAUGCUGCAUAAAGCUGCAAAAGUUUACAACGGUUGCUUUUGUGCACUACACCAGUUGACGAACAUGUGACUAACAUAGUUAAAAAAUAUUGCAUUUGUAUUGAGUGUUUCAUGAAUAACAAAAUCAACAUUUAUCAUUAUCUCCAAUACAUUUCUCCUUUUGAGAGUGUAGGUGUCCCUUUGUGUGUAAACAACCGUAAAUACGAAGAAGGCCUCGCGAUUUUGUCACUUGUGCCUAAGCCAUUUGAUUUGUCGCAAUAAAUAUAUUUAAAUCAAAAACUGUAAAUAACAAUAAUCUCCCUGAAUGAGAGGUUUCCUGACAAAUGGGGUUGUGUUUAUUUAACUGCAAUGUGCAAGAGUGACAAAAGUCACGAUUGUUUUGUGGUAGCAUUGUGCGUCGUGAAAAAUAUUCAAGACAACACGUCGGUCUGUUGCAAAGUAUUAUUACUUGUUCUUCUGUUUGCCAUAACUUUGUUUACAUGUUCUUGAAUGAUCUGUUAUAUGUUUUCCUGGUUCAUGGAUUCGUCGACCAUGUUGGAUAUGGAUAUUUUAUACUUCAACAAAUGAAAACAAAAUUCAGAUUGUUUUCAAACGUAUAACAGUAAAUUGUAUUUUUAUCUGUCAAUAUUAUCAUGCAUAAGGUACACUACUUUGUCAUUAGCAUUGACAUAUUUGUUUACAAUAAAGUUGGUUACAUGUUCCUUGAAUGAUCUUUUUGAUGUUUUCCUAGUUUACGAAUUCGCUGAAUAUUUUUGAUAGAAAUAUUUAGUACUUUAAAUUUGAUAAAAAUAACCAUAGAUUGUUUCAAACGUGUAACUGUAUAUUGGAGUUUUUCUUGCAUGUAUUUUUAUCAUCAUACAUGAGGUACACUUAUUCAGUUUGCGGUAAUAUACAAGAUGUCAUUACAUGUACUAGUGCCACUUUUGAUUGGCUAAUCAAGCAAUGGUUUUUGCGUUUUUGUCUCCAUAAAUCGAAAAAAUAGGCCACGCCCGUUAACAAACAACUGUGUCCUGUUUGGCGGGGCGUAAUAGCGCCGAACGAUGCCACUAAUUUGGUACUGUUGUCAACAGUGUGUGUGUGUGUGUGUGAGUGAGUGAGUGAGUGAGUGAGUGAGUGAGUGAGUGAGUGAGUGUGUGUGUGUGUGUGUGUGUGUGUGUGUGUGUGUGUGUGUUAAUCAUUGAAUAAGCAGUCUGUAAAGUUAUGAUUGCUGGCGUAUUUAUUUAUAAGAAUUGACUGAAAUAUGUUUUUUGCAUUUACGGAGGUUUAAACGUAGAAACCCAUGUGCUACGCGGAUUUACGCAGCAUGAAUACCAGUUUUUUACGUAAAUACUUUUACGCUAAAAGGUUUUGAACACAGUUCUUAAUAAAGGUGCCAGUGUUUCCAUGUAUGUGAUAAUGAACUAAAUAUUAUUGCUUAUUCCAGUGUCAGUUUUGUCAUGUAUGCGGUAUUAUAUUAGUUUAAUAGGUAUUGUUGCAUAUACCAGUGCUACUUGUACCAUGUAUGUGAUAAUUUUCAAGAUCCAUUUGUCCAGACCAGUGACAAAAUUAUCGUAUAAACGGUAUUAUCCUAUUUGCACAGGUCAGUUUCAGUAUUACGUCCCUGAAGACAUUCUAAGUGGCAUUAAGACGUUGAAAAUAACUGCGGUUGAAAUAUAUAUAUCAGCUUGUUUACUGCUGGAUUAAAGGCAAACAUAUAAAGCCUCUUCAAUAUGUAUCACUCACGUUUAUGGUCUCUUCAUGCAUAUUCAUUACUAUACCGGAUGUUACGUCAUUCGUAACUUCCGGCACAGAAACCCAUUUGAACUAUGUAAAGUGACUGUAAUAAGACAGGUCCAAAAUGCAUUAUCCGAUUAUCGCAUGUUUUACAGACGAAUAUUGUUUAAAUGACAAAGGUUCAUGAUGUCUUGCUCGUUGUAAACACACUUGUGCAGGGUUAGUCAAAGAAUUGCAUGCUGGUGGAAUUCUUUUAAGUUUGAAUAUAGGUGAGGUGAAAUGGAGUUUGCCGUCACGUUCAAGAUUAUUGCACUUAUAUAGCGAUGUGCAUGCACGUGUGUGUCUGUGUGUGUGGCUGCUUGUACUAGUCCUGACUGAUGCUGAUUUAUAGUGCUAGCUCACUGGG